AUGAAAAGAUGGCUUGGAUUGUCAUUGCGAAAACCUGAAGCAACAAGUUUAGGGCGAGCUACUAGCUUUAAUCGCACUACGGUCAACGAAUUUUUUGAAAAUUUGGAAGUGGCGUAUAAAAAAUUAGGAAAUAAUAUUACACCGUCAGCAAUUUAUAAUUUAGAUGAAACAGCUCUUACUACCGUGCAUAAUCCACCUAAAAUAGUUGCAGAAAAAGGCCAGAAACAGGUUGGUCAAGUGACAUCCGGUGAACGAGGAGUUCUUGUUACUGCUUGCUGUUUCAUAUGUGCGAAUGGCAAUUCGGUUCCUCCUUUUUUAGUGUUUCCACGUGUAAAUUUCAAAGAACACAUGCUCAAUGGUGCUCCUGCAGGCUCCGCUGGAGGCGCGUGUAAAAGUGGUUGGAUGAACAGCACAUUAUUUGUCGAAGUUUUAAAACAUUUUCAAAAUGAAACAAGGUCAUCCAUUGAAAAUAAAGUUUUACUGAUACUCGAUAAUCAUGAAUCACAUGUUUCAAUUCAAAGUUUGCAAUUCUGCAACAAUAAUGGCAUUAUUCUUUUAAUUUUACCGCCCCACACUUCAAAUAAAUUGCAGCCACUUGAUGUAGCAGUAUAUAAAUCUUUAAAAAAUGCUUUUAAUAUUGCCUGUAAUGACUGGAUGUUAAGCCACCCAGGUAAACCAAUUUCAAUUUAUGAAAUUAGUGGCCUUUUCGGUAUUGCAUAUCCAACUGCAUUUUCUCCUAGAAAUAUCAAGAAAGGAUUUGAAAGUACAGACAGACCUGCGAUAAUCAGUAAUGUGGAAGUUCCAUCGAAUGAAAAUUUUGAUAUAAUGAAUAUGCCAAUCAUAAUCGAAAUGCCAAAUAUUUCUACUUCGGAACAGCUUACCAUUCCAAAUGUAAGUUGUGAUUUAUCGAACGUGAUGAACGAACAUAGUCCUGAAAAUAAUCCUCAAAGAAAGAAAGCAAAUAAAAUCAGAUCAACAACAAUUUCACCAGAUCAAGUACGACCAUAUCCAAAGGCAGCGCCUAGAAAAGGAUCUACUCGACAAAGAAAACGCAGUGCGAUAUUAACAGGUUAA